GGGGUGGGGGGGGUGGGUGGGAGGAGGCUAUGGGGCUGCUCGCCCUCAAAUUAUAUGGACCCUACUAUUCUAUGGUAGUGGUGGGGGGGCCCCUAAACUAAUCUUCCUCCCGGGGGGGCGGCUGGAGAUAUAAAAAAGGUUGGGGUUGGGAAAGCUGGAAGCUGGAAGCUUCCCGGACCCGGAUUCCGGAGAACCGUGGGGGGCACCGCUAGAUGCUCCUUCAAGGAGAAGGAAGGUUGUUGGGGGGGAACCGACCUUCUUUCAGUGGCUCGCUACCGGCUGGAAGCUUACAAGCUGGAAGCCGGCCCAUAGUUUCUAUAGGCAUUCCCCCCGGCCACCCAUAGAUCCUCCUCCAAACAAUCAAGCAACGCAGGGACCCUUACAAAUAGUAGGCCCACCUUCUGAUUGCUGGCUCGCUACCGGACAAACACAGAAACGCCGUAGGAAGGAUAGGCCUCCUUGGCGCUCUUUACCGGAUACCGAUUAACCCCUAGAUAUAUAGAUAUAUAGAUAUUAGGAAAGGUGGUGUCCUCCUCUUCGGGGCUAUGACUGAAGACUGCUAUCAAACUACGUUGGAUUCUUCAUUUAUCACGUAUGUAGACUCAACUCACUCGAGGGUCCCCCUACCUAUAUAACUGGUUUGAGUGGAGACUCGAGCUAUACUCUCCCACCCCCCCCCCUGAAAAGAUUCAUUAGAUUUAGCGGGGUCAAAUAAAGAAUAAGCUGCAAUUUGAAACUGGAGCAUGUUGCUUGCUGCUUCCCAUGGCGAGGCGGAGUAAUCGUUAACAACUAUGUUCAUCGAUGGUGAACCGUGGGCUACUCAUGCCGCUAACUGCGGAGUAAAGGAAUCCACCCGCCUUCUCCGCACAAGUCUGAUGAGGGCCAUGGUAGCCGGACGAUCCUCCUAUGGAGACAUAUGCCGCACCGACACGGGACUCCAUCCACAUAGUGGAACCGGAUUAAACAGCAAGCAAUCAUCCUCCGCCCCUACGGCGCAUGCCCUACUAUUCUAAGGGGUCCACCAAUACAGAAGAACAAACAAAGCUUGACUGGGGGAAGGGAUUCCGGCCGGGCGCCCCUACUAUUAACUAGAAUGGGGUGGGGGGGGCCAGCCGGUAUGCGGUAUGGGGAGGAGCAAGGGUAGCCCCGUAGGGGGGUAGGAGCCGGCAUCUGUAGUGUUGGGGGUAGGAGUAGGGGUAUUGGUAGGAGUAGGAGCAGUGUUCGAGCGUUCGGCUUCAAGCGGUUAGGCGGUCUUUCUCCGGCCUCUCUCUACUCCUCACCCACCCCUUCCUACUCCUCUUCCCACCGGCAAUUCUCGAGACCCAUCCCCCUUAAUGAAUUAACCUGCUAGCAUAAGCGGGCAUGUUACGUACAGAUGAUCAGAAGGAACGGGCCCUUAUAUCCGCCCGGGCCAGUCUUCUUCGUCGGUUAUAUACGUCACAUAUCAGAGGAUAGAUACUCUACAAGAUCCGGGGGGUUUGUGGAGAAGGGCCGCUUCAACUUGACCGAACCCCCGGACAUCGGUAUUGCGAAGGGAACAAUCCAUUUCUUCAUCGAUCUCUCUCCCAUGACGACUAGGAACAAACAAAUAAGAAAUUCCACUUCGAAUUUUGGACCUCAACAUCCUGCUGCUCAUGGUGUUCCACGAUCAGUAUCGGAAAUGGACGGAGAAGUGGUGGAACGUGCGGAACCGCAUAUUGGAUUACUCCAUAGAGGCACAGAGAAAUUGAUAGAGUACAAAACGUAUCUUCAGGCUCUACCCCAUUCUGAUCGUUUAGAGCACGUUCCUAUGAUGGCCCAGGAACACGCUUAUUCUUCAGCCGUAGAGAAACUUUUGAAUUGCGAGGUACCAUUACGGGCUCAAUAUAUACGAGUGUCAUUUCGCGAAAUCACUCGAAUUUUGAAUCAUUUACUUGCUCUAACCACUCAUGCUAUGGAUGUGGGAGCAUUAACCCCGUUCCUGUGGGCUUUUGAGGAGCGGGAGAAAUUGUUGGAAUUCUAUGAGAGAGUCUCGGGAGCCAGGAUGCAUGCCAGUUACAUACGACCAGGUGGAGUGGCACAAGAUCUGCCUCUUGGCUUAUGCCAAGAUAUUUACGACUUUACACGACAAUUCGCUUCUCGUAUUGACGAAUCAGAAGAGAUGUUAACCGGCAACCGUAUCCGGAAACAACGAUUAGUGGAUAUUGGUACUGUCACUGCACAGCAGGCCAAGGAUUGGGGAUUUAGUGGUGUAAUGCCAAGAGGUUCGGGAGUAUGCUGGGAUUUGAGAAAAGCAGCACCUUACGAUGCCCAUGACCAAUCGGAUUUUGACGUACCAGUGGGUACCAGGGGAGAUUGCUAUGAUCGCUACUGUAUCCGCAUCGAAGAGAUGCGACAGAGUCUGAGAAUCAUUGUGCAAUGUCUUAAUCGAAUGCCCGAUGGCAUGGUGAAAGCCGAUGAUCGUAAGCUAUGUCCCCCAUCACGAUGCCAAAUGAAACUCUCCAUGGAAUCCUCAAUCCACCAUUUUGAACUCUAUACAGAGGGUUUUUCCGUACCAGCUUCUUCGACCUAUACCGCGGUUGAAGCCCCUAAAGGAGAAUUUGGUGUGUUUCCGGUCAGUAAUGGGAGCAAUCGUCCCUAUCGUCGUAGAAUAAGAGCACCUGGCUUUGCCCAUUCACAAGGACCUGAUUCUAUGUCCAAACAUCACAUGCCAGCAGAUGUGGUCACCAUCAUCGGUACUCAAGAUAUUGUGUUUGGAGAGGUAGAUAGAUAGGUAGAGGACAGUUGGUUGCUCACCCUAGCUUCAUUGCGAGCC